AUGGCUGCCUUCCGGUGUGCCAGCUUCGCGUAUGGCGUUUGGUUCUCAAACUUUGGGAAAGUGAAAACAUGUGAAACUCUGGAACUGAUUCGAGAAGAACCCAAGCUCCGUUUCGGCUGCUUGGAGCUCUAUGUCCGUCUUACGGAUGACGUAGAGGUUGACGAUCAGCGAGAUCGUUUUGUCGUGGAGGAGGAUGUGAGGCAACGAGUCAGAGUGCACUGGAGAAGUGCUGAUGCAAGUCGAGAUUCGACCGUGCGGGUCUCAGGCGUGAGCAGCUAG